AUUUGGUUAUGCGGCUGAUGGGUGGGCGGGUGGCUGUCUCCCGGGUGGAGUGUUUGGUUCUCUAGUUGCUUUAGGUUGAGACGUUAUAGGCUCUGAGUUUGUGCGGAGUUGUUGAUAGGGUUUUGUGUGGCGUCGGUGCAAUUGGUGGCGUUGUCACGUCUGCUCUUUCGUGUCGUGUGUUACACGACGUGUGCACAGUCGUGCCGAUUUAUGUGGAGGGUGGUUGUGUGCUCUCGUGAGGCCGUCAUGAGUGGAAUGUGUUUCUGUGAGGUACGUAGCAGGGUAGCAUCUGUGCCGGACCUAGAGUUGCAGCAUAUGUAGAUUUUAUUUUUAUUUUUUACUUGGGUUAGGGUGUGCGGGGCUUGCCUGUGUUAUCGUUGUGGGGUCUGGCUCGGUGGUUUGCAGUAGAUUUCUUUGGUUUGUGGUGGGUGUGUGGUUAUAUGAAUUUACAGUUCAUUCAUUCAUUCGUGGAGCUGUAUGGCGUUGCUUCGAGGUUCGUGCCAGGCCCAGGCCUAGACCCUGGGCCUGGCGGGGAAAACAGGCAGUCUCUGCCCUCACAGAGUUUAGUCUUAUGUAUUUAGUAAUUUUAUAUGCUUAUGAUUAUAAAUUGGGGUAAAUAAUGUGAAGGAAAAGAGCCGGGCAGGCCCAUGGGAGAAUUCAAGUAAGAGACAUUUCCUUAAGGAAGCGAGGUUGGGUUGAGAUGUGAAGGGUGUGUAUGUGUUUAAUUUGUGGUUGUGAGGGGUGAGUAGUGGGAAGGAAGGGGGCUUUGGGAGUCAGGGAGUCAGAAGAACCAUUGGUUUGGAAGGGAACUGGAGCUUCUCUUUAAGCGAGCAUCUGGAAACGGGGCUGACAUCGGCACGUGUACAGUCACUGGAUUUCUUAGAGGUGCAAGAGCACAAUACAUGAGGUUGAAUAAAUGAUCAAGGUGAAGAGAGUCAAACAAAAACUCUGCAUGUUGAUAAGUACUUCAGACAUUUCUCCAGUGGCUAAAGUAGCAUGCAAGUUAUGAAGUUGGACCAUUUGGAAUGAAUUUAGGGAAUUGGUUGGGCUUCUCCUGAUUCAGAGGAUGAGGAGACCACGAUGCAGCUUCUCCAUCAUCUGUGUGCUGCUUGGUUAGGCUAAUGCUGCAGCAACCCUAGGCCACUGCAGAAGAAUCAAGCUGACUCUUGGCAUGAAGCCCCUGCCUUGUGGGGGUUGAGAGGGACACUACCAUGGCUUCUCUGGAUGACCCAGGGGAAGUGAGAGAGGGCUUCCUUUGCCCUUUGUGCCUGAAGGACCUGCAGUCUUUCUAUCAGCUUCAGUCACACUAUGAGGAAGAGCACUCUGGGGAAGACCGUGAUGUCAAAGGGCAAAUUAAAAGUUUUGUCCAGAAGGCUAAGAAAGCAAAGAACAGGCUGUUGAAGCGAGAAGGAGAUGACCGAGCAGAAUCGGGGAGCCAAGGAUAUGAGUCUUUCAGCUAUGGAGGGGUGGACCCUUACAUGUGGGAACCCCAGGAGCUGGGUGCUAUCAGAAGCCAUCUUUCUGACUUCAAAAAACAUCGAGCUGCCAGAAUUGACCACUACGUUGUUGAAGUCAAUAAAUUAAUAAUCAGAUUAGAGAAGCUCACUGCCUUUGACAGAAUGAAUACUGAGUCCACCAAGAUCCGAGCCAUAGAAAAGUCUGUGGUGCCUUGGGUGAACGAUCAGGAUGUCCCUUUCUGCCCAGACUGUGGGAGCAAGUUCAGCAUCCGGCACCGCCGGCACCACUGCCGCCUCUGUGGGUCCAUUAUGUGCAAGAAGUGCUCGGAGCUCAUCAGCCUUCCCUUGGCAAACAAGCUCACCAGUGCCAGCAAGGACUCCCUGAGCACCCACACCAGCCCCAGCCAGUCACCCAGCAGCGUCCAGGGCUCCCGCCGGGGUAGCAUCAGCAGCCUGAGCAGUGUGAGCUCCGUCCUGGACGAGAAGGAUGAUGACCACAUCCGCUGCUGCGCGCACUGCAAGGGCACGCUGCUCAAGAGGGAGCAGCAGCUGGACGAGAGGGAGCACAGUCCCGACAUUGUGAAGCUCUACGAGAAAUUACAGCUUUGCAUGGAGAAAGUUGACCAAAAAGCUCCCGAGUACAUCAGGAUGGCAGCAUCAUUAAAUGCCGGGGAGACAACCUACAACCUGGAACAUGCCAAUGACGUGCGGAUGGAGGUGCAGAAAGUGUAUGAGCUAAUAGACGCUUUAAGUAAGAAGAUCCUAACCUUAGGCUUGAACCAGGACCCUCCUCCACAUCCAAACAGCACGCGGCUGCAGAAGAUGAUCAGAUACUCAGCCACACUUUUUGUGCAGGAAAAGCUGCUUGGUUUGAUGUCACUGCCAACUAAAGAACAGUUUGAGGAACUGAAAAAGAAAAGGAAGCAGGAAAUGGAGAGGAAGAGGAUCCUGGAGAGACAGGCUGCCCUGGAGGCCCAGCGAAGGCUCGAGGAAAGGCGGAGCCACACGGCCCCGCGGGCGGCCAACGGGGAGGUGGCGGCCCUUCGUGGGGGCCCUGGCCCCGUGAGGAAGGCCGAGGGCUGGCUCCCGCUUUCGGGAGGGCAGGGGCAGAGCGAAGACUCGGAUCCCCUGCUGCAGCAGAUCCGCAACAUCACGUCGUUCAUCAGGCAGGCCCGGGCGGCCGGCCGCACAGAUGAGGUGCGCACCCUGCAGGAGAACCUGCGGCAGCUGCAGGACGAGUAUGACCAGCAGCAGACGGAGAAGGCCUUGGAGCUGUCCCGGAGGCAGGCCGAGGAGGAGGCCCUGCAGCAGGAACAGCUGCAGAUGCUGUGUGAACGCGAGUGGGAACGGGAGAGGGAGCAGUUCCGGGCGGCGUCCCUGCACACGCGGACGCGGUCCCUGGACUUCCGAGAGGUGCGGCCUUUUCAGCUGGAGCCCGGCCGAGAGCCCCGCUCCCACCCUGCCCAUGCUGCGGGUCUCAGCUCUUCGCCAGAUUGGAGCAGCGCGGCUCCCGAGAUGCCUUCCCCCAGCACAGCCCUGGAGCCCGUGCCAUUGUGGUCUGGGCCCCCGGCCCCUGGCCAGGACUCCCUGCCCCCAGGCCCUGGCUCACAGCAGAAUGCCGUGCCCUCCUUCAACCCCUUUGAGGAGGAAGCACCCCCCAGCCCCCCUGCCGCAGAGCCUGCCUGCCGCCCUUCUGCCCGCGCCCUCAGAGAGUACAAUCCUUUCGAGGAGGCGGAGGCGGCCGUGGCUGUGGCAGGGAACCCUUUCGCUAGCCCGGGCAGCCCGGCACCCAACCCCUUCGACGAGGACGAUGAGCAGCCUCACCAGAGGCCCGCAAGCCCCCCGGUUCCUGGCAACCCCUUCGAGGAUGCCCCCUGCACCAACCCCUUCGAGACGGACAGUGACGCAGUGCCAGAGGCCGAGGGGCCCAUCGAGGAGGAGCUCCUCCUGCAGCAGAUCGACAACAUCAAGGCGUACAUCUUUGAUGCGAAGCAGUGCGGCCGCCUGGACGAGGUGGAGGUGCUGACGGAGAACCUGAGGGAGCUGAAGCGCGCUCUGGCCAAGCAGCAGGGCGCUGACUGAGGGCGGGCGGCCUGCGGGCUGCGGCAGGAGGCAGGGCUGGGCAGGUGGAUGAGUUGGCCCUGACCCGGCAGGGAGCCGCAGUGGUGCGCACACUCCAGGGUUUCCCACUAUAGCUGAAUAUUUCAAUGGUAACGAGAACAGGGAGCACCAGCAUUUAUUUGCCGUUCUUCCUGUUUGUUUUUUUAAAUUGGGUUUUCCCUUUGGAAAGGACUUGAAAUUUUCACUACAGUGAUAAAACUAAAUGCAGUUCUCAAACGACUGCCACCCCCUUAAGGGUGCGUUGGCUCCUGCCUAGUGCUUGGCCAUUAUGCAGUAUUAUGGGGCAGCCUUAGAAAGUGCCCUUCCUUUCACCAAGACAGACAAGAUGGGGUCCUUUCAGCCUUACCCUGCUCUGGCAGUCUGUCCCAGACUUCUAUGGGUUCCUUUCCCCUGGGGCCUUCUCCACCCUGUGUGGCACGUUCCACCCUAUGCAGCCAUCGGGGAGGUAAGAAGUUUAGACCUAGGAGAGCCCAGCACCUCUUUUAAAGAGAGGGUGACGGGGGUGAGGUUUCACCAGUCUGUUUCCCCCUCAGCUUAAGUCCUUGUUUUUCUCUUUCAGGAAGUUGAACUCCCAGUGCAGGUGUAUCACUGUGAGUCUGAUCAUGAGCUUUUUAGAAAAAAGGAGUGGCUGACUGGUUGAGGGGGUAGCAUUAUUUGGGGUACAUCUACCCAGAUGGCACUCUGUUGGAAACAAACAACCGAUGGAGUGAUUGUCUCUGGAGAAACCUCCCUCUAGAGCUUUGUCAAAAUUAUUCUGACCUGGGCUUUUUCAGAGAGCCUAGUCUAUCAUUUAGGAAUUGGUGAUCAGGAGUCAGGAGAGUGGAAACUUCCCUCAGUCAGAAGAUAAUUUACAAAACUAAUUGAUCAGCUUCCUUCCCUGUUGGUUCAUCCUGUCCUAACCUGGGACACUGGUGAGAUAUUUUCUUACCAAUGUUUAGUACCAAGAAAGGGAAAUGUCUGAAGAGGCACAAUGCAGGAUCGUUCUGAUAGUGUCUCAGUCCUUGAACUCUUCACCAGUUAAGGGCAUAAAGGGAAAUUGUUAAUUUAGCUCUGGUGCUUUGGUUUACAGAAACAUAACCCUUAACUGACUUUGACAUCAUGACACCCAAGUGUGCUCAGCUCUAGGUAGAGUCCCUACAGCUACACUUGUUGAUUAAUGAACAAUACCUGGCCACUAGUCACUUUAUACCCCUUACGCAACGUGGGGGGUCACACCCACACUGGUUACUGGUCUGAGAGCUGAAAUUCAUUUUGUUACAUUCUGGGAAGAACCCUGUUGAUCCUGGGAAUGUCAGAAAAACAUUGUAGUGUUGAAGUAAUCUGUAUUUGUGUUGACACUAUUUACAUUUGCUUAGCACCUGUCAGAUCUUUGGGCUGACUGAUAAGGUCCUGUAUUGGGGUGUGGGGAUGGGGAGUGGGUGGAGGCUUUGUGGAGGACCAUUGGCAUUGGGGUUCUGUUUCACAAAGGAUGAGUGGGUUCCCGUGUCAGGCAGUUACCAAUCCUGCUGAUUGUCACGGAGGUUUUAAAAGGUUGUCAGCUCAAUGCCUAAAAUGUUGCCUGGUCCCGGCCCCUCUUCUUCCUUGAGGCCCAUGCCCUUUGUGCUGUUAUUACCCAGGAGGGUUUCAUGGCUGGCUGGCAUGCCACCCCCUGCCCAGCCUGUCUUUUCUCUCUGACUAAAGAGGAAGGCAUUCCCUGCACCAAAAAGCAGGUUGUUCCAGAAGCUAAAUGCUGCUGUCCAUCAUAAGUACUUUUCUUAUGAGAGUAUCUAUCUUAAUUAGCUCGUGAUUUGGAGACUGGUUUACUUAACAUCCUCUUUCUCUAAAAUCAACCCCAGGUAGCAAUCUGUAAGUAACUGAGAGCAUUAAGAACCACACAUAUAAGAAACAUUUUUUAAAACUUAAAAAAAAUCACUAAAUAUACUAACCCAAAUUGAAACCC